AUGUCAGGAGAUUCAUCAUAUUCAGAAGGGGCAGGUUGGAUUUAAUGGUUUUGCAAUAUGGAAGAUCAUCAAUUUUUAUGUGAAGUUGAUAGUGAUUUUAUAAGAGACAACUUCAAUUUGUAUGGAUUGAAGAGCAAAUUCAAUUUCUAUAAUGAGGCAUUGGAUUUGAUUUUGAGUUCUGAGACUCCUGACGAUGAAGAUUUGGAAGAUGAGCGUUUCCUGGAGGUUUAUCAAGAAGCUACUGAUUUGUAUGGAUUAAUUCAUGCCAGAUUCAUUAUUACAGCAAAAGCAGGAUUGGCAUUGAUGAAAGAUAAGUUUUUAUCAGGAAAAUUCGGUGCUUGUCCAAGAGUAUUAUGCGACAGAUCAAAUGUACUUCCUGUUGGAAUGAGUGAGGAAUUAAGAACUUCUAGAGUGAAAGUAUUCUGUCCAAGAUGUGAGGAGGUGUACAUUCCAAAGAAGAAAUGCCCAGAUGUUGAUGGGGCAUAUUUUGGAUGUUCAUUCCCUUCAAUCUUCAUCAUGAACUUCGUCUAAGAAAUUCAGAUUGCUCCUAAUAGUCAGCAGUAUGUUCCAAGAAUUUUUGGGUUUAGAGUGUACAAGAAGAAAGGGUCUCGUUAUCAAGAUACGCUGUAGAAACCUGCUGAAAUCACUCAUUAUUCUGAGGAACAAUUGAAGAAGUUGAGAGGCAAAAAUGAAUAGCAAAGCAAAGAGGAUUAUGUUCAAAAGUGAAUAUAGAUAAUUUGUUUUUAUUAUUAAAAUUUUUAAAUCUUUUUUAAA